CAAACAAAAUGCACCAGACAUCCUCGCGCUUGUUGCGCAUGACCGACGAUGACCGGCCUUUCACUAGAGAUUUCAAGGAUCUCUUCUCCACACUGAUUGUCAGCCUUCUGCCUCUUGGUUCCCACAGAGUGCGAUUGACCAAAGUGGACUACACUUUCCUUUCCGAGGAUGCUAUCAACAACCUGGGAUCGCUCAAGUUCUCUCAGUCCAACCGCAUGCCUGACCCCAAGGACCCCUCAAGGAUCGUCACUACAACAACCACAACCACGUUUUCCAUGGCCAAGGACAUGGCUCGCUCAAUCUGCCAGAGAUUUGUCGACGCCCGCUUCAUCGAGUCUGCUGACGGAAAGUUGCAGCCAGUCUACAGCAUGAAGGGCUCCGUAUGGCAGCUAACGGCCAAGGGCGUUGCAAUUCUGGAUCGAUUUUGCUCUAGGAACGGCAUUCAGCAGAAGCAAGUCGCCGAGCUGGUCAGCCUCCACUGCUGCUCCCUCGUCAUUCUGGAGCGAGAGCAGCACAGCGACAAGAUCCUCAGCGACAGAGGCACUGUCGAAGUCAUCUUCCGCCGAUUUGUUGGCGCCGAGACCCGCAAUGUCAAGCCCAACGUGGCUGCAGCCGACUCGGAUUCGUUGCACGACUACGAGGAUGGCCUCACCGGUGUCAAGAUGGCCAGUGAGCGUCGGGUAAACGGAAAGGUGCACAAGGAUACCUUUACGGGCAAGGCCACCUCGGAUUGGCUGGUGGACUGCAGCACUAUUGUGGAUAGGCGAGAGGCCAUCGAGAUUGCGUCCCUCUUCGUCGAGUUUGAGUUGAUAGAUACUGUGGUCCAGGACAGAUCGUUCAUGCUUCAGAACCCAGGCUGCCAUCUGUUCCAACCGACCAAGUAUUCUGUCUACCAAAUCUCGCAGCGAGGAAAGGACGUGAUCAAUGGCACCAGCUCGCGAGGUCGCCCGUCCGAGAGCGAGGCUGGCACUGGCUCACAGCGCAACGGCGUCGUCCGUGACUCCAACACGCAGCGUCUCGAGAAGAUCCUUAAUGACCCCGCUCUCCGCCUCCUGUUCCGUGAGAACCUGAGGGAGACACACUGCGAGGAGAACCUUUCCUUCUACAAGGACGUCAACGACUUUGUGCAGAGCUGUAAGACGGCUAUUCGACAAGCCGAGUCUAUGCCCUCCAACAAUUCCAUGGACAUUAUCAAGGAGAUUAUGGCUCAAGCUUACGGCAUCUACAACGCCUUCUUGGCUCCGGGCUCGCCUUGCGAACUCAACAUUGACCAUCAGCUGCGGAACAACUUGGCAACAAGAAUGACCAAGGCCGUUGGUCAAGAGAAUGGCAUGAUUGAGACGCUGCAAGAAGUCACUUCCCUAUUUGAAAACGCGCAAAACGCCGUUUUCAAGCUGAUGGCUAGUGACUCUGUUCCCAAGUUUUUGCGCAACGCCAAAUAUGAGCAGCAACUGCAAAACUUCAACCUUGACGGCUCUUCACGAGGCGUCGAGCGGAGCCUGAGUCGCUCCAACCGAAAGUAA